AUGAGUACAAUACAGAAUAUCAAGAAUUUCAUCCGACAUGGGAAACAGGCCCGCCUGGUAACUCAUUCGGAACCCACAACCAACGUCUCCACAAUCCACGCCCAACAACAACCCCAACCUCAAGGUCAAUUCGCCCCCGACCUGGGUGCUUUUGAUACUGGUGAUCGAGGAAAUGCCUCAGGAGUUCACCAGCAGCCAUCCGAGAAGGUGCGAAAAGAGCGCUCGGUAGAAAUUGAAAGGUUGGUCGCAGAGGAAAAUACAAACCGGUCCAAGAUGCCAAAAUACCCGGGUCUGGACCGAUGGAUUUUGAUUGAAAAGAUGGGCGAUGGCGCUUUCAGCAACGUGUAUCGCGCCAGGGAUACUACGACUGAGUAUGGAGAAGUCGCAAUCAAAGUGGUGCGAAAAUUCGAAAUGAACAGCAAUCAGUCCGACCCUUCUCAACCAACCGUCAAAAAGGUCCCGCGGGCUGCGGAGCGAGCGAACAUCCUCAAAGAAGUUCAGAUUAUGCGCAACCUCGACCACCCCAACAUCGUUGAUCUGAUCGAUUUUACCGAAUCACGCCAAUAUUACUACAUCAUCUUGGAGCUCUGCCCUGGAGGCGAGCUUUUCCACCAGAUCGUCCGAUUGACCUACUUUAGUGAAGACCUUAGCCGACAUGUGAUUGUACAAGUCGCAAAGGCGAUUGAAUAUUUGCAUGAGACCUCUGGUGUCGUUCAUCGUGAUAUCAAACCUGAGAACUUGCUCUUCUAUCCAACUGAAUUUAUCCCCAGUAAAUCCGACAAACCAAAGCCAGUGGGCGAUGAAGAAAAGGAGGAUGAAGGAGGAUUCAUAGCAGGAGUCGGUGCCGGUGGUAUCGGAAAAAUAAAGCUCGCAGAUUUUGGUCUUUCCAAGGUGAUCUGGGACAGUCAAACAAUGACACCCUGUGGAACUGUUGGGUACACUGCGCCUGAAAUUGUGAAGGAUGAGCGAUACUCGAAGAGUGUAGAUAUGUGGGCCAUGGGCUGUGUGCUCUACACACUCUUGUGUGGCUUUCCUCCAUUUUACGACGAGAGUAUUCAGGUUCUCACAGAGAAGGUCGCUCGGGGCCAGUACACCUUCCUCUCGCCCUGGUGGGACGACAUUUCAAAAUCCGCUCAAGAUUUGAUCUCGCAUUUGUUGACCGUCGACCCCGAGAAGCGCUACAGCAUCAAGGAAUUCCUCGCACACCCCUGGAUCCGGGAAACAGACGAAGAGACUACUGCUGCGGCUGAUGCGCCCCCUCUGGCAACACCAUUCGGUCCUCGCCAAAAUGGAGACGCUCUCGACGCAGUGGGUGCCGAACAAGCCCUCGACACCUCUCGCCUCUUGGGCGUUCCAUCAAUAACCGCGGAUCGCCGCAUGGAUUUCCGAUCACCCGGUGCGUUCAACCUACGUGAAGUCUUCGAUGUCGGUUACGCAGUCCAUCGUCAAGAAGAGGAAGGCAAACGCCGUCGGAACGGACAGACCGGCAUUGCUGGAUUCCGGUCUGCACUUGACUCCCUUAAUGAAGACUACGAUGACGAAUAUGGCACUCGUCCGCAAGAAGAAGGAAAGGCUGGACAGCCCCCUGCCAAGGCCGCCAAGUCGAUUCAUACAAACGCUGCCGAUAUGGCUAACUUGGACGCAAAGCUCCGCUCCACUAACCUCGGGGCCCAAAGUAGCGCUGCGCAAGCACGGCAAUCACACCGCCAACCUCGGCAGCAGGGGUAUGGACAGCAUGAUGCCACUGUGGCCGCAGCAGCUAGGAGUAGCAUUGCUCGCAAGGCCCACCAACCCUUCGAGCUUAGCCUGGACAAUGCCACUCUUCUGGAGAAACGUGGCCGUCGCAACCAGCCGGUGGCUUGA